ACUCAUAUACAGAUUUUACUUACGGACCCUACUGUUUAUCAGUCUCGUAUGGUUGGUCACACGAAAUAGUCAGGAAAGGUUUGAUAUCAAUUUCCAGUUCUCAAGAUGAAGAUCAAUUUGCAACGACUCUGUGUAAGGUGCAUGUGGCUCCUUCUAAACGUCUUAGCAAUGCAAGACGCCAAUCAUCUUGGUACUCAAGCACAAACAGAUGGCAUCGGCAUGUGCAGUCGUUCCUUACAGGAAAAUGAAACAGGAAAAACCUUAAAUAUUGGAGACAACCUGAUUUUAUAUUGCGUUACUGAUACUGAACAUUCAAGGAAUCAACUGAGUUGGUUAAAAGAUGACGCCGUUUUGCAAGGUGAUGAUAGAGUUAUGAUUAAGAAUCAUCUUGCCCCUUGUACGUUUGUUCCAGGAAAAAUACAAGAUGAGCAUUGCUAUUCUUCGCGCUUAUCAAUUUCCAAUAUUAGAAGCACCGACGAAGGGCUUUAUAUCUGUCGAGGAGAGUAUCGAGAAAACGGAACGAUUUAUCUUCGGGUCGCAGAGGAGCCCUCGACUACGACAUUGACCAUGAUGACUACCAUACCAAGUACGAUUCCGACAACUUCGAUGACGCCAUCGUUGGUGGUGCCAACUUGCUCCUCAAACAUGACAAGCGAAGAUGUUUUCUUGCCAAGCGAUCACAUAAUGUUCAUGUGCACAACAGACAUGUUUACCUACUCAUUGGGCUCUUUAGAUUGGCCAGGAAACGAGAACAUACAGAUGAAAAAUAAUAACACAUAUUCAACAAGUCUUGUUUUGGACGUACAGCGAGCUCUUACGGCACAUCCAGUGUGUGCCUUUUCGUGUGGUGACAAUGUCCAGAAUUGUGAAGAGGAAGGAUUGUCGUGUCAGAUGCCCUUGCUUUCGGUGAGUCCACUAAGGCAGGAAGCAGAAGUAGGAGGGAAUAUCAGUUUCAUGUGUGAGAUCAGUUUGAAGGGUUACACCGUUGGUUGGUUCGUUUCUGGUACUACUAAGUUUGAUAAUGACCAACUUGAAUUCACAAACUACAAUGAAAGUAGAAGCUCUGUAUUUACAAUCAGGAACCUUCGGCCUGAUCAAUCAGGGACUCUCUUUUGUAGAGCGCGGAGAAAUGGAGUGGGAUUGGGUACAUCUUUGGCCGCAAGGUUUGAGGUGACAUCUGCUCCUGAGACGUCACCAAGGACUGAAGACCCAGGAAGAAGUACCCUAAUCACCAAGCGUCCUACCAUACAUACCAUGCCUACCACUCCAGAACCACAACCUACUACAUGGUGUUUGUAUUUACCAAGACCGGAUAGCAUCCCAACAUCCGCGUCUCCGUUAAGCCUCAAUCUCAUCAUCACCAUCGCAGUCUGCGGUGGCGUCGCUUUCAUCAUCCUCAUCGCCAUAAUAAUCGGCAUCGUACGCUGUCGACUACGUGAUAAAGAUCCUAUCAUCGCCAUCAACCCCGUCAUGGCCUUUGGCGACAUGAGUCACGACAACCCCGUAAACAUGGACGUCCAUUUUAACGUCUACUCGCAACACGAUAUCUACGACGGAGACAAAAUAUCGUCCGAUGUCCUUCGUAUUGAUAGCUCGAAGAGAAUCCCCUCGCUUAUCCGAGGUCGUCAAAACGGUCAUACCCGCACCGAUAGAACUUCAUCGUUUAUACCAAUUACAGAAGACGAAGUCGACAUCGACGAGGGAAGGAGUAAAGAGAACGAUGAGCCGGGUAGAAAACUUAGUUAUUACGUCGAAAAUGACGUCUACGUUACCUUCGACUCCAAUGCAUAACUACAGUCUAGUGACAUAAGACACUUCUAACAAUUUGAAAAACCCACUGCAAAGAGGCCAUGAUCAUGUACACCGGAAUAUGAUUGGGUCUAUCACCAACAUUGUUUAUCAACAAUCUUAUGUAUGCAUAUUGGAUAUUUUUUAUACAACGUAGACGAAUCCAGAGACAUUAGAAAUCUACUAUGCAUAUUAUGUUUCGAAUAUGCUGACACGGAGUUAUUAAGUGAAAAGCAUUACUGAAAUAAUGCAAAAUAAUGUGAACUAAUGUAAUAAAAACAAACAGUAGGUGAUAUUCCAAACUCCAACCUACCCAUUCUACGAAUCAAUUCUUUUCUUUAAAAAAAUGUUUUAUUUUGACAUAUGUUUACUCUAGUAUUGAAAUAAGUUGUACUUGAAGAGUUUGCAAAUGGUACUUCAUGAAAUUUCAAUUGCAGUCAGGGGUUAAUAAUCCAUGAGUCGCUAGGUCAUAUAUGUGGAUACCACCCAUUAACGAGGUACACCUCAUGAUCUUCAUCAAAAUUGUUAAUGGAGAAUUGGUGAAUCCUUGCAGAAAUGUUAUCAGUUUUUUUUUAAUAUUUAUAUCAUUAGUAUAAGUAUUACUAUUAUUAUCAAUCAGCAGCUUGAAUCCACCUUCACGCUCUGUUUUCUUUUUACAAUGAUACCAUCUACUUGCCAUUCAUAUAUUUAAAUGCUUAUCAAUCGAGUCAUGAAUAUGACCCUUUUUCGUCGUUGUCUUUCACGUUGGUGUUUUUUAGGAAUCAAAACAGUACUUAUGAUAUAAUUGAAAAGAUUUUGCAAACGGAGUAUAACAAGUUUCGAUGUAAACCUUAUGUGUUGGUUGAAAUCGACAUGACUCGUAUAAGUGAUGUAUGACAAAGUGAUAUAAGAUUAAUAAUUUCAUUUAGCAUGUUUAGAGAGUGCAAUAUAUUGGAUAUAUUUUAUAAAAGAAAGAAUCUUGCAAGUAAAGAACAUAUAAAUAAAUGAAAUAUUGCAUAUAAAAUUAUAAACUAGUCCUACUUCCUGAUACAUGACUUUGGAAAAAAAUAGUAUUUACAUUAAUGAGUAAUUAUAGCUGAUUGGGAGCCUUGGAGCAUGAAAUUAGGUAUUCAUAAGAGCAGGAAAGUCGUCAUUCAUCAUUUUCUCCAAACGUUCUUUGAUUUUGAUUUUGAUUAUGAAAAUAUGAAAACGAGACCGAACGAAAAGAAAUCUAGCAGUGUUUAUUUUGUGUUAAUGACAACAUCAAUAUAGCUUAUUACUAAACUAAGAGAAGAAUCUGCAGUAUCUAUCAUGUAAAGGAGGAUGCUAUAAGAUUAUGACGUCAUAUUCAGCAGCCUCUCUUGGUAAUGUUUUUCACAAUUGGUGAAUCAAUCAUUGAAAAUAAGAAAGCCACAAUUUAUAAGACCAAGAUUGCAUCCUAUUUUCAAAAUUUGAUGACUAAUCAACCAAAACGUAAUACAGAUGUUGUCAUCAUGAUAAAGAAACUUUUCCACAUUCUCGUUGCUUUACCCAAUGACAUGAUAAAGUUACAAAUUAUAGAAUUGUAGUGUCAAAAUGCCAAAACAUAAUGAUAUAACAGAGGAAUAAACUUUACAGUGAUACAAAAAUAUUAGUGAGGUCUUGUUGUGAUUCAGUAUGCGUUUAUUUGGUUUGUAACUUGCAUUAUGGUUUAGAUCGGUGCCAUUACAUAUUUAAAGAUAAUUAAAUAUUCCUGAAUCAUCGAAUUCCUAAGUUAAUGCAAAUGUUACAAAUUAGGCCUAUGAAUAAAGUAACGAAUGCCAAAUAUUUUACCGUAGCAUGUUAUCUAUGUCCUUAUCCCUCUUUUUAUUGGAGAUAAUGAGGUACUUUAACAACAUUAUUAUAGGGUUUAAAUUGAUAUUUUUUUCAAAGCAAUGUACUCUUAGUUCCAUAUCAAAUUGAGUUUGCAAGAUACAAUGGUCUUUAACAUGUUUAAGGCAAUUUUAGUUUCAUGUUAUAAUAUACAUCUACCAUGACGUAUUACUUGUAGUAAAGUAGGCCUACUUCGUUUGUUAUGCAUACUAUUUUUAAAGCUCAAAGAAUUAUAAACAAUAGCACUGUGUGAUGAUAUCAAAUCCUACCUCCAGGUGUCAGUUCUGCUUUGAAUUGAAAAAAUGACAAGCGUAACACUUUUCUGAAAAUCUGGCCAAAAUAUCUAGCAGUUAUUUUGCAAAUAUAUUAAUUAGAAAUGCAUCUGGUUGUUAUAAUGACAACAUAAUGUGACUUAAUGCAAAUGUAUUUAUUUUCUUCUAUUCAUUCAUUCGAUGACAUUUGUGAGCGUAAAUAAAUGACAUUAAAUC